CGUACGAUUCUCACGAUGGUAAGGUUCUCGUAUCCUUCGCGGAUCUUCGCCUCCAGUCUUUUUGUGUGCGAAUAUUCUCACAAGGACAUAUCCGCGACUUCUCUAUCUACGCCAAGUAACGAUAUCUUUCUCAAUACAUAAGUCUGUUAUUCCAAAGCACUUUUACAUAGACACGGGCUGUGCAAACCAUCGCGAUCUUCAUUAGUACGAGAAGCCACCUCUCAAAUCUCCCCCGUUUUGUCAUCGUAUAUCUAGAUGAACAAAGCCGCCUGAGUCGCUGAGAAUGCCUCCUUGGGCUUCUUAUUCUUCAAGUCCACAUCCGUGGGCUGUAGUCCAUCCUGCCUUUCCCAAUAUAAAUGUCAUCGUGGUUGGUAUUUGCUCGACCGUAUGCUUCUCGAACCUCCCCCGAAGUCUAGAAACGGAUGUACGCAGAGCACAAUGCUUAGACAAGCUCCGUCGUUUUGGCGGUGUUCAAGGACAAAGUCCCUCUCGAGCUGGUCGACCUUAACGGAGACUAUUCUCAUGUUGGUACAAGGCUCGGAGGCCUAUACUUUUGUCUAUUCACUUGCUAAACGGCCUUCUUGGGUCCCGGAAGCGCUCUCCUACUUGGCCUCCUCUAAAAGACGCCUGGCCUCCUCGACAAGUUGGCUGAAUAUGACGGUUCCCCCGAGGCGGCAAGAGAGAGGAGUGAGAUAGGCAAGGCUGGAACUGGGGCUGCGCAUCGACGAGCUGCUGUACAACACAUCGCACGCCUGACAGUGUUCCCCAUUGCGCGCGCUUGUUCCUGUAACACGUGCUAACUUAGUAGGUAUAGAAAGAAAACUACGAGAUCGUAGUACGUGCAAUGCUGAGUAGCGUGGCUCUACACACGUUUAGAAGGCCC